AUGUCACCUAGCAACCAAAGCUUUGUGAAGAAAAGUUCCACACUGACCAGCAGAGACAGAGCGAGCUGGGGAGUGGGGAGGAGGCAUGAGCAACAGUGAAAAGGCUGCUUGUCUGCUGCUCUGGCGCUGACCUCAGCCGUGUUACGUGGGGCUACAUCCAUUGUCUACAGAUGCAGGCAGAAAGGGACCCAGAAACCUUACGCCAUCAAAAUGUUGAAGAAGACAGUAGACAAGAAAAUUGUCCGCACAGAAAUUGGAGUUCUUCUUCGCCUUUCGCAUCCAAACAUUAUAAAACUGAAGGAGAUAUUUGAGACCCCUACAGAAAUCAGUCUUGUUCUGGAAUUGGUCACAGGUGGAGAACUAUUUGAUAGGAUUGUGGAAAAGGGUUACUACAGUGAACGAGAUGCUGCUGAUGCUGUUAAACAAAUCCUGGAGGCAGUUGCUUACCUGCAUGCAAAUGGGAUUGUGCAUCGUGACUUGAAGCCAGAAAAUCUACUCUAUGCAACGCCAGCACCAGAUGCACCAUUAAAAAUCGCUGACUUUGGACUUUCCAAGAUUGUGGAAGAUCAGGUGACCAUGAAGACAGUUUGUGGAACUCCAGGGUACUGUGCACCGGAGAUACUACGGGGAUGUGCCUAUGGCCCUGAGGUGGACAUGUGGUCUCUGGGGAUCAUCACCUACAUCCUACUUUGUGGCUUUGAACCAUUUUAUGAUGAAAGGGGAGAUCAGUACAUGUUUAAGAGAAUCCUGAACUGUGAAUAUGACUUUGUGUCCCCCUGGUGGGAUGACGUGUCUCUGAAUGCCAAGGAUUUAGUUAAAAAGUUGAUUGUUUUAGACCCCAAGAAACGCCUCACCACUCUACAGGCUUUGCAGCACCCAUGGGUUACAGGGAAGGCAGCAAACUUUGCACAUAUGGACAAUGCACAAAAGAAACUUCAAGAAUUCAAUGCUCGGCGUAAACUUAAGGCUGCAGUAAAAGCUGUGGUGGCAUCAACUCGCCUCGGCAGUGCCAGCGGUCACAGCACGCAUGAUAGCAACAAGCCCAGCCGUAACCCGUCUCCCGUCCAUGACUGCAAACCCGAAGAGAAACCCACUCAGGAAGCAGAAGCAACUCCAGAAGAAAUGUCUUAG